UUUUUUUGUGUGUGUGUGUUUUGAAGUUUGUGUGUACCCUUCCGUUUCUAUUACUUUCUGACUUGCAAAAAAAAAAAAGCAUAAAGCAACUAAACUUUUUUUUUCCUCCUCAUGUCAAAAAACGAAACUUUCAUAUGUUGAUAAAGUAUGACAGAAGAUGGCUUGACCAAGGACUUUUUACGGAAUAAUAGAACUUUUGCCUCCAUCUCACAAUUCUUCCAUACUUUUCAAUCUGCUUUCCGACCUUGGCCGAACUAUACAGAAGCUCACUGGUCCGUUGUACACCAACCUGAUAAUAAACGAGAUGACUCCUAUGUUUUUUCAACAGAGGACCUGGAGAAUAUGUUUGUAGAUCCAAGUCUACGAUAUCAAUUAGAGGAACUCAUUAUUCGAUUGCUUCGUUUCUUGACUCGUAACCGUUUUCUAAAUUCUUCCACCUGGCAAGAAUACUUUUCGCGCGAGUUUGAUCGACGUGAAAGUGAUCAAGUUAAUCCAUUUCAUGCAAAAGAAGAAGAGAAACAAGAAUCAUCUGCCAAUACAGACUCAAUUGAUCAACAAGACAUACAUGACCAAAAAUCUGUUUCUCAACCUACCAAAGCCAUUUUAUCAUUUUUUGACCUUCCUAUCGAAACCAGACUUUCUUUAUUAAAUACUUUAUGUGAGUGGCAACUAGCUGAUCCAGAACGAUUACGAGAGCACUUGGAUAAUGAAAAUGAAGCAAUCCAAUGGAGGGUGGAUCCAAUUGGUUUUGAUGCCAAGGGAAAUACGUUCUGGUUAUUUGAUGAUAAUCGACUUUAUAGAGAAUCCAAUCGCAAAAAGAAAAGAUCGAAGAAGAAUCAAAAAAAGAAACACCUAAUAUCCGGUACGCGACGUAACAUGCGACGAAGCACUAGAAUAUCAACAACAGCAUCCGAGAAGGAAGAGGAGAAAGAGGAAGAUACAUCUGAUGAUGAAGACUGGACUCCUUGGAAAAUGGUAUGUAUGACUGCAGCGGAAUGGCAACACUUUCCUGAAAAAUAUGCCAAAAGCAAUCAUGUUCAAGAACAGGAAUUUCAUCAUCUUCUAGUAGAGGAUGUAUUACCUAAAGUGCUUCCUGUAGUUGAAGAGCAUGAAAAGAACCGGAAGAAACAAGAGGCACUCUUAUCUCGAAAAAGAAGUUCAAGGAUAUUGGUACGAGAAUUGGAAGCUCUAGAACAACAACAAGUUGAUUCUAAUUACUCAAGAGGUGCUACACAACAGGAACCAUUAUCAAGACUUGAAAAGAAACGACUACAAAGGGAAAUGGAGCAGAAAAAACAGCAAGCACAAGCACGAGAAGAAAGAGCAUUAUAUCGCGAACAAAGGUUACAGGAGAAGGAGAUGGCUGCGGAAAAGGCACGUCUUGAACGAGAACGUCGCUUAGCACGACGCCGUGGCGAUUCACCCACACUAGAUCUCGGUUUCAGUGCUAAUGGUAAUGAUCAUAACCGAUUAUUCCAGGAUACUGCCUUGACGAAUCCUUGGCAUCAACAACAACAACAACAACAUGAACUCAAGGUGACAUUGACGGUUAACAGGAAUCACAAGACAAAAAUCUCUACAAAGACGACAAAGAAAUCCAAAAAAGGCACAAAUCAUGAUAAGAAUAGUAAAGAUACACUUGGAAAACGAAAGAGAGGACGAAAACCUAAAAUUCAACAAAAGGCUAAACAAGAAGAGGAAAGUUGGAUUUUCAAUUGCUCCUGUGGUGUACAUGGAAUUGAUUUGGAUGAUGGAACGCCAAUGAUCGCUUGUGAAAAAUGCAAUGAAUGGAAACAUAUCCAAUGUCUAAGAGAGUCGGGUCAAGUGGAUGAUCGAUUGAUGUCAUUUGAUGACUUUAUAUUCAUCUGUAGACGAUGCACAGAAGAGGAGAAAGCUGAUGUUGAAAUAGAGGAUACAACUGAUGAGAGUCUCAUCACAGCAAGAAUAAAAAAAGCAAUGACAGCUCAUGAACAUGAUUCUCUCCCCAGUUCAUCAAGUACAACAGAAAUCAAGUCAGCAUUUACUUCUACUCACCCAAGUCAAAUGGAACAAGAAGACCAUCCAUCUCGGUUCAUGUCGAAUUCUGCUUUGCCAUCUACCAUUACUCACUUUCCUUACGAAUACCAUCAGCCUGGUACUAUCUCUACUGGGUAUGCGCAUACAUUACAAUCUUCUGAACGACAUGGUUUACAGCAACCAGUCCAUACAUCGACAGCGCCAACAAUUAUGCCGACACAACGACAGUAUCAUUCUGAAAAUAGAUUACCUCCUUUAAAUCCAACAAAUGGUAACCAUAGCCAGUAUCCUCUUCACCAACCACAGGCACCCUUGAUUGCUACAGCAAAUCGUUCUGAUGUCAAUGCUAUAAAGGAACAACAACAGCUUACCCCUCCAACUUUACUACCAUCUAUCAAUGCUAAUCAGGCACUUCACCAGGAAGAACAAAAGAAGCAUACUAUCCCUGAUAGCAGGACUCAAUCAAUUCCAUCAGUGCCACUGGCUGUAUCCUCAUCAUCGGUACCCAUUCCUCUCAAUUCUGUAUCCCCAUCUCCAGUGUCUAAUAAUAAUGACGAUGCUUUACACACUAUUACCCCUCCUCCUCCUACGACUAUUUCCGAUAGUAUGUUUCGAAAAAUUAGCAAGUAAAUGAUAUUGAAAAAUAUAAAAGAAAACAAAUAAAUAAAAAGCGAAGAUAAUAUUUCUUUGAAAAUUUAGAAUUUCCUCUUGUUACAAAAAUAAAGAUGUUACUAUGGAAGCAAAAACCAAAAGGCGGUAUUUUUAGUAGUAUUUUUUUUCCUGUUUAUGGCUAAUACAUCCAAAUUUGUAAAAAAAAAAAAAAAAAAAA